AUGAUUGAGAAGCAGAAAAAGGGGAAGGCGGUGAUUGUGGGCGGCAGCAUAGCGGGGAUUUGCUGUGCGCACGCACUGAUUGCCGCCGGAUGGGAAGUGGUGGUGGUGGAGAAGACCACCUCCGCCCUAACUGGCUGCUCCACAGGUGCCGGAAUUGGACUCGAUACAGUGUCUCUCAAACUCAUUCCCAAAUGGAUUAAACCACCACAUCUCCUUCAGCAUAUCACCAUGCCCAUGACCAUUGACCACGAACAAGCAACAGAUGCAGAAACCAAGAUUACUCGAACACUGACAAGAGACGAAGAUUAUAACUACACAGCAGCACACUGGGCUGAUCUCCAUACCCUUCUCCACAAAUCUUUACCACCGGAAGUUGUUGUUCUGUGGGGACACUCUUUCCUCUCCUUCUCCAUAUCUGAAGACAAAAGCUCAGUCAAAGUGGCGGCAAAAGUCCUCAAAACUGAUGAAACUGUCGAUAUUGUCGGUGAUCUUCUUGUCGGUGCUGACGGUUGCCAUUCUUCAGUUCGUAAAUGUUUUCUUCCUCACCACAAACUCAGAUAUUCCGGCUACUGUGCGUGGAGAGGGGUCCUCGAUUAUUCGAAAAAUCAGAACUCGGAAACAGUAAAGCAAAUCAAGAAGGCAUACCCUGAUCUGGGAAACUGCGAUUAUUUCGAUUUGGGUUCGGAAGGGCAUGCCAUUCUUUAUGAAUUAAUCAACAAAAGGAUCAACUGGAUUUGGUAUCUCAAUCAACAAGAGCCAGAUUUGAAGGGAAACUCGCUCACAACAAAAGUAGGCCGCGACAUGAUCGAGAAUAUGUACGAAGCAGCGGAGAAAGUAUGGAUACCUGAACUGGUGAAGCUGAUGCGAGACACAAAAGAGCCCUUUUUGAAUGCGAUAUAUGACAGCGAGCCGUUAGAGCGGCUGUAUUGGGACAAUGUGGUUCUUGUGGGAGAUGCGGCUCACCCGAUAACUCCUCACGGUGCAAGAGCAACAAACAUGUCGGUGCUUGAUGCUGCAGUGCUGGGCAAGUGCCUCGAGAAGUGGGGUCCGGAGAAUCUUGGCUCGGCUCUCGAAGAGUAUCAGUCGAUUAGGUUACCGGUGGCUAGAGAGCAAGUUCUUUUCUCGAGGAGAUUGGGGCAGAUAAAGCAGCGUCUGCCCAUUUCUGAUCGGGAGUUCUUCGAUCCAAUGGCGGCGAGUUCGGAAGAAAGCAAAGAUCUGCAGCUUGGGGGUAUGCCUUAUUUCAAUGAUAUUCCAUCCAUACUGAUGUGAUGGUGUUUUCUACAGUAUGAAAUAUUCAAUAAAUGUGUACCAAAUAACACAUGAGAACAAACUUUGAUCUUCAUGGAGUAAAAUUGCAAGUUCUAUGAACAAAUUAGAUCAGUUCUCAGUAAAAUUCAAAAAUUUUAUCUCUGUUUCA